AUGAGCGACUUCAAGCUCACGGCAUCUGCUCAGAGUGGAUUUGCCCCUGCCGCUGCCUACGAGGCUCAUCGGCCUACCUAUCCAUCAGAAGCAGUUGACCAAUUACUUCAAAGGCUAGAGAUUGCAGGUGUGGAAGGUGCAAAGGUCAUAGAUCUUGCAGCCGGCACAGGGAAAUUCACAGAGCUCCUAGCGUCAAGGCCAGAGCGUUUCAGCAUUGUAGCCAUCGAACCUCAUGACGACAUGCGUGGUGAGCUCGAACGCAAAAAUCUCCCUGGCGUGAAGGUAAUCGAUGGACACGCCGAAAAUCUUUCGGCCAUACCCGACGAAAGCGUUGCCGCUGUCGUUGCAGCACAGGCAUUUCACUGGUUUGCGAACAUGCAAGCAUUGACCGAGGUCGCACGAAUACUCCAGCCAGCGGGAGUCUUUGGUGGAAUAUGGAACAUUGACGAUUUCAACGCUCCCAUGUCAUGGGACAUCCACCCUGGUUGGGGAGCUACCAUGCGGGACGUGGUGCACACUUUCCAAGACGACACGCCCCGGUUUCGAGAAGGGAAGUGGAAGCAAGUAUUCGACGAGCAGAACCGGAGCAACCCUCUAUCGCUCCACUUUGCAAAUCCCAUCUUCGGCUUGCCUAUCGGUGAAGGCAGCGUAGAGUAUGAACACCGUCUAACAUUAGACGCUAUUUGGAGCAGACUGAAGACACUCAGUCAGAUUGUCAUACUAGAGGGAGAACAGCUAGAAAAAGUCAAGAGGACAUUCUUCGAUGCCGCCGAGGCUGAGCAAGCGGACCAGGAUGGUAGAAUUGCUGUCCAUGGUCGAGCAUACUUCUUCUGGACGAGCAGAAUUCCCGAUGAACCGCUCAAAAGUGGUGGAUGA